ACAGAUAGUCGUGAAGCCGUCUGCCGUGUGGACGAUCGUGCGACGUUGCUCCGCUCGCGUUCAUACGUUUCGUUCGUCGUAAACCGUUGUCGAUUUUGUGUGUCGCUCGGAAAACAGUGGUUGAUGCGCCUGUCCUUGAGAAGAGAAACGAGAGAUGCCGCCGUGCUCAUCUCGACAGUUGGCGCGCAUUCCUCGAACGCGAUGACGGCCACGCCGGACCACGAGCGAACCCGAUCUGGAAGUCGUGACUCAGAUCCUUUUACUUUUCUUCGUAUAUACCUCGUGCCCGGUCGACCACUUCGAGUCCUUUCUAUGCAGGCAAUCGCGUUCGACAUUCCCGUGCACAGAACAAAACGCAGUUCUCAUUUGGGGUCUGUUCUUUUAUCGCGCGAUUCAUUUUGAAACGCACGGUGAGUCUCUCGGUGGUCGUACAUAUACGUGUCAACCGAUGGUAUUCCGUACAUUCUCGGAACCGUUUCGCCCGUCUCUGACAAUGUACGUCUUAUACAUCGCGUUGUGCGAACUGUCGUGACGUGCUGGUCGUACAUAGGAUACUCGUGUACCGUUGUCGAUUAUCGUCGAUCGAGAGAGAACGAAUGCGCGAAGGAAACGCUACACCGGCGAUUAAAAGGUGCCAACAGAGAAGCGUGUCGCAAAUAUCUGUCCGUAAUCUUCAAAUUUGUGAAUCGACCGUGUAAUGAUCGGUUGUAUGUCAGAGAUUCCACGAGUCGGGCGCCGAAGGACAAGAGUCACCGGCGACGAUAAUCGAGCGAAAACAUUGGUCGAUAGUAAAAACACUGUUCACAGUUCAACGCUUGGCAUUAUCUCUGUCCGUGUACGCAACGAGGGUGACCGCUGUAUUUGUUUUUCUCGAUACACGUGCUCCUGCGAGCGGCGCGAUACGUCGCUCCAUCUAUAUUUAGUGGCAUCGUUCGGAGCGAGAAAUUCGUGAGCCCUCGAUCGCAGUACGCGUUUUCUCGGUCCUUCGAAAUCUCUCUCUCCCUCUCUCUCUCUCCCUCCCUUACCACUCUCCUCCCUCCCACCCACUCUCUCUCUCUCUCUCCUUCUCUUUCUAACGAGUAGGGUGUGAAGACGGAAACAUAAGGUGAAUUUCAGUGAACUCCCUCGGACCAAUGCCGCGAUGGUGAGAAACGUAUGGUGUAUUCGCGUAAACUUUUCUCGCGGAACUGGUGGAAUGGUGAACGUGUGACGUCUUUAACGAUUCGAUGCGACUUAAAGGCGCGCCCUAAUUACGUAACUUUUGUUUCGAACCGAUCGACGGAUCUAUUCGUACGACUAAUAUGAAUCGAUUUUACGGAACGGUCGUCGAGUUACAGUAAAUCAAAGCGAAGGGAAGAAACUGUGAAUCGUGACAUGUGAACUAGUCGCAUCCGGAGACAUGUUGAACGCAGAGAACACCGAGGGUUCGCCGAAACGAAGGUCGACCUUCUACGUAUCUUUGGAUACCGAUGCCCGACAACCCUCGAAGAUUCCAAAAACGAUCACCACCGAGUCCGACAAAUUCGUCAGCAACACCUUUCCCAUAAGUAACUCGAAAACGGUGCCAAACGUCAUUUUAACCCGUACUUUGAGCAACAAGGAUGAUUCCUUGUCACAUUCAAAACGUACGGAGGAGUCAUUCCCCGAGUCCAGAGGUAAAGUGCAGUCAUUGACGAAGAUAUUUGAGACCCCAAAGGGAGAGCAAGUGACAAAUAGCUCCGAACAGAGAAAGAAGGUGGAAAGGACCAGGUCGUUCAAAACCAUCGAGAGAUUUCACAGUCGAUUCACCGGUCGAAAAGAUACGAACAGAAAGGACAGCCGUUUAAAUAAUACCAUAGCGUGCUUCGAAGUGGAAGACGAGGACUCGAGGAAGAAACCGGAUGCGGAUAAGCGGACGAACUCGAAGAAUCAGGAUUCGAAGUCGAACGGUGCUGGUAAAAUUAGUACGGAGACGAGAACCAAGCAGAAUGGCAGUACGACGUUCACCAAUUUGUUGAUACGUAGAACACACAGCACGAAAUUAGCCAGGAGUACGAGUACGUUGGUGAAGGCGACUGGCAGGCACGCAUCGGUAGACAAUCCGUGUAGCGUCGUGACGCCAGCCAGGGGAGAGAAUCACCGGUCGAACACCGAGAAAUCGAAGGAAGACGAGGCGCCGGACGAUUCUGUCGCGGAUAACGACGAGGGUACCGAGUCGUCCGUGUUCGAGGACGCCGACGCGGACGCUGGGAUACAUUCAGACACGUCCUACGAGAAGGCCUGCCGAAGGGGUAGCGCUCCGGCCACCCCUGUCCUCGGAGCUCGACCCUUGGACGUCACCCCCAACAGAAUCGUGAACUUCUUCUCCAAGAGGUCGUUCCGCUCGAAUCCGCUGAAGAGGACGAAAAGCGUGACAAAGCUCGAGCGACAGAAGCAACGCGGUGCCGGACUUCGGGGUUGCCGUUCACACGAGUCCCUGCUCUGCGGACAGGCGGUGACCUCGAUGGACCUCGCGGCCGUGACACCGCUGCAUCCAAGCCUGCUUGGCAGACCUCACUGCUUCCAGGUCACACCCAGCACCGGUGGGCCGAAAUAUUUCAGUUGCAGGACCGCUCACGAACGGGACCAGUGGUUACACAGCUUGAGGAAAUCCGUUCAACCUGACGCGGAGCAGACACGACGAACGGAUAAUUCCUUGCAGAUCUGGUUGCUCGAGGCGAAAGGCGUGCCAGCGAAGAAACGAUACUUCUGCGAGGUCUGCCUGGACAGUACUUUGUACGCGAGAACCACCGCGAAACUGAAGGCCGACCUUUGCUUCUGGGGCGAGCACUUCGAUUUCCAUCAUUUGCCUUCCGUCAAUACCAUACAAGUGAACCUCUACAGGGAAGCUGACAGAAAGAAGAAAAGGGACAAGAACGUUUUAAUCGGUUCCGUGAGUAUACCGGUGCACAACGUCACGUCUCGUUAUCUAACAGAGAAAUGGUACACCGUCGUUGGUGAUAAAGGUCCUUUGAAGGAGCCUCCAGCUUUGAGGGUGAAAUGUCGUUUCCAAUCUGUGGACAUACUGCCGGUUCAAAUAUACCAAGAGUUCCUGGAGUAUUUGAAGACAGAUUAUGCGUCCUUGUGCGAGAAAUUGGAGCCAGUGAUCGGUGUCAAAGCGAAAGAGGACAUCGCCACGGCUUUAGUAGCCGUCAUGCAGCGCGAAAAGAAAGCGCCUCAAUUUCUCGCCGACUUGGUGAUGAUGGAUAUACACAGAAUAGACGACGAGAGGCUCACGUUUCGAGGAAAUUCUUUAGCCACGAAGGCGAUGGAGGCCUACCUGAAGUUGACGGGUGACAGGUAUCUCCAGGAGACCUUGGGGGCUGUCGUAAGAGGAGCGGUGGAGGGUGGCGACUGCGAGGUGGAUCCACUGAAGGUCGCCUCGGUGGCAGCCCUUCACAAGCAGCAGCAGAAUCUACGGAACGCCGUGGAGCUCGCCUGGAGUAGGAUAUUGGCUAGCCACGCUCACUUUCCUCUCGAAUUACGCGAGUGCUUCCGUAUAUUCCGCGAACGCUUGGCUGACAUGGGCCGUGAGGACAUCGCCGACAAUCUGAUCUCUGCGUCUAUAUUCCUCAGAUUCCUCUGCCCAGCCAUUCUGAGCCCGUCCCUCUUCAACAUUACUCACGAAUAUCCAAAUGAAAAGGCAGCGAGGAAUCUCACUCUCGUGGCGAAAACGCUUCAAACUCUGGCAAACUUCACGAGAUUCCAAGGAAAAGAAAACUUCAUGGAAUUCAUGAACGAUCUCCUGGAGCGAGAAGCUCCAUCCAUGAAGAACUUUCUUCAAUUAAUCAGUAGCCCUUUGCCAAAGGAUGCUCCGGCCAAUAACUCGUUGGAAUUCGACGGGUAUAUCGACUUGGGCAAACAACUAUCUCUGCUGCAUGCGCUUUUACGCGAAAGUUUGGUCACGAUAUCUUCGUUUUCCUCGUCACUGCCUCCAUCGAGACUACCAGAGAUCCUCGAGAGGAUCUCUAUAGCUUUAGAUCAGUCGGGUCCAAAUCCAGUGCCCGUUUCUCACCGCUAUCCAAAUUUACAAAACAACAUCUUCCGCUAUAACGAUCCCACGAUAGCAAACAGCAAUACCAACUUGUCUGUAUCAGCAACGUCGACAUUGAGCAAUCACAGUACGCUAAAUGGAACAAUCAGAGAUAGCAACGAAGUGUUGCAAUCGAACACACUAAGCCACAACAGUUCUCGCAGCCCUAACGUAACCAGAGCAGCCACUCUGCCGCGUAAUGCAUACAUGCCGACCAAUGGAAAGCUGCAGCUACAAAUUACUACGGACGAUUAUCCGUUGGAGUCGCCAGCUUUUGUGUCACGUUCGCCCACACCCAUAGUAAGACAACACAGACCGUUAGGGUCGAGUAGGGCGGGCGCGGGAUACAGACUGACCGCUAGUGCGAGUCUGGCGAACGUGAAUCAUUGCCAGACACAUCCCGCCAGUCCUACGAGAUCAGAGAGUCACAGCAAUCUGAAGGAUUCCAACUACAACAUCACUACGUCGCAGAUCAACCAAUCGAAUAACUGCACAAUUAUGUCCCAGCAACAACAGCAGCAGAACCACAGACACAACAUAGCGCGGUUGCAAAACCUAGACAUCCAUGACAGAGAAGAUAAUUAUAACCAUAAUAAUUACAACGUCUCGAGAUCAACCAGUAGGAACCACUGUAACAAGGAGGAUAACGUGAACCAGAUGCAGCACCAAAAUUAUAACAACGUGUCGAAAACUACGGUAAACGCAAACGUCGUAGUGAAUCCUUCGUCGAAUCUCACUCUAUCGAUCAACCAUCAACCAAACAACAAUUACACCAAUAGCAAGAACAACACGACUGCCAACGGUAAUUUGGACGAGCUGUCCGAUCUAUUGAGGUACGCCGACGACGAAGUGUCGGAAUCAAAAUCACAAAAGGGUUCGCAAAUAUCGAUCUCUCAGUUGAGCAACGUUGCUUCGUCCGGUUACCAAAGCUUCGCUGCUUACAGUCAGAGCUCCAGUCCCGUGGAUCUCAGCAGCAACAAUGCAAACGCACAUAUACUCAAUGCAGCCCCGCUGGCUUUCGCCAAUCCUGUUUACCACAUGGAAUCGAAUCACGGAAGAAACGGCAGGAGAGGCAGCAGUAGUUCCGAGGAAAGGGAUGGAAACGGAGGAGUGGAGGGUGUGAGAGGCGUUGAUCUCAGCCCGUCGCCUCCGCCACAGAAUAACGUGAGGAAUCUACAAAGAAAUAAUCAGAACCAGUGGAGACAGGCCAACCAGACGCACAGAAAUAACUCGGAACAAAACCAGGGUGUCUGUUGCACGAAGUUAAGAAGGAGACUAUCGCUAGAUUCUACGCGAGACCUCUCUGAUACCAGCGAAGAGGAGAGCUGCACAACGAGGAGGAGCAAAUCUCGCAGUCAUCGAAGCAUCGAUCAGUACGAAGUGGAAAUCGAGAGGUUGCAGAGUAGCGUAGAUCGACUGAGGGCCCGGUUAGGCACAACCGAGGAUACCGAUAUAGACGGCGUUGCACCGGAUACCAAGAUGAAGAGCAUCAUUUCCAGGUUAAUCUCCGUGGAGGAGGAGCUACGGCGCGAACAACAGAAGAUGUCGGCUGCGUUGUCGUACAAGCAGCGCGUGAUCGACGCGCAAGAGCAACAAAUAGCUGCUUUGGACGCCGCGAAUUCGCGUCUAAUGACGUCAAACACAAAACUGUUGUCCGCAUUGAGCACCCUGAAGCAACGAUACAAGUCGAGCCAGUCGAGCAACGAGGCGGCUGCGUUACUCCAAAACAUCGCUGACAUUGGCGAGCUGAAGAGCUCGUCCUGUUAAGAGAAAGAGAUAGAAAAGGGAGCAACCGCAUGGACACCGUUGGUGGGCGUCGGCGUGAGGACCAGCCAGACACCCGGUGAACCGCCGUGAAACACGUACAAUCACCAGACAAAGCAGAAAACGCGAAGAUUAUUUUAUCUCUCGCGUUUGACGAAUGCUUCUGGAUGAGGAGUCUCGAGGAUGACUCGAUCGAUACGAUUGCUCGCGUGUAAAUGUUCUAGUACGUAUUCUAAAGAGGAAAUCUCAACGAGGAGCAAGCGACUACUCCGAGUCUGACUUUCUCUUUAGUUCGUUCUAGUUUUUGGUGUUUCCUCGUUUAGUAGCGCAACAUCAAAAGGAAAUACCGUAUUACUGUGGGAAGUUCCACGAGGAUACUCUUGCUAGGUUUGACGAAGCUACGCAAGCGGAGAAAGAGCGCAAAUUGAAAGAAGAGAGAGAGAGAGAGAGAGAGAGAGAGAGAGCGAGAGAGCGAAAGAGUGAAAGGCGUGCGAAAAUAGAGGCUACCUAGUAAGUAGGCAAAUGAUUUAAGUAGAUAAUUUACGUCGAAUUUAAUGUGACACAUAGCAUUUAGGAUUAUUUGUAUCGAAUCUGGUCGCGAAUCACGCGAUACCCCGUAGUUCUCGUUUGACAGAAGUCGAUGGACCCUUAGCUUUGUAUCGCCACGUUUUAACAUUAGAUUGCUUUACGCAAACCUGUCCCAAGCGACUUUUCUUCGUUAGAAUUGAACGAACUGGAAAGUCGAUGGCCUUUGAGUUUAAGGAACACGCUGGAUUUCCUGGUUGGCGAACAGCAACGAGGUCGAUCGACUUGUUUGGCGGUAGAUGAAAACGAAAGACAAAUGUACACGACGUUUAUCUCUUCUUUCGUUUCAUUUCCCUUCUGUAUUUUCUGAAUUCUGUUAUUCGUUCUGCAUCGUGUAUACGUACCUUGACACCCGCACAGCCGCAUCCACCGUAAACGCCAGCAUGAUUUACGAAGAAUUGUACCGUGGAAUUAACUCCAAGUUACGUUGAAAGAUUUGCAAAUGUAUUUUAUGUCUUAAUCAUCGAAGAAACGAUUCUGACGAAUAUGAGUUCUAAAGUUGCUUGAUUUUGAAAUAUAGUCAAUUUCUCAGGUUUGAAAUAUUGUUUUACAAUAUAAUCGAAUGCCAAUGAGAUGAAAAUUGAAAGAAAUUAAUGGUUCGCUAACAAAAAUACCUUUAAAUGUAUCACUAGCCCCGAUAUACACGAUUAGUUUUUGUGAAUGGAACUUUGGAGAAACGUAACAUGACAUACUAGGUGACUUGCGACGUGUAUGUACUUACUAUAUUUCGAAGUUUCUUCUUUUAUGAAAAAUGUGUCCAAAUUGACGAUUUCUAUAUAUAUAUAUAUACGUACAUAUAUAUAUAUUUCUAACAAGUCUUACAUUUUCAUAGAAUAUGAUAAUAAAUUGACUUUCUCAGAUAUGUGUUCAUAAUAUUUUUGGACAUGUAUAUUCAAAAUGGUUUCCAUUCGCAUCGCAUAAAUUAAUAUACAGUGUGUUGGCUAAUUAUUUACAAUAAUUCUAUAGUUGAGUCAGUAGUCGUAUGCACGUAAUGACUAUAUGGCUACUAGAAGUUUUGUGAUUUCCAAAUAUUCUAAAUAUUAUGAAAUAGGAAAAAAAGGAAAGAGGAAAAACUUUCUAUAUUACGGAAAUUUAUACUGCGGGAUCGAUAUAGGCAGAUUGUUGUCGAUAUAAAUGUAUGUAACGCGAUAAAUAGAAAUACGUAACAAAUUUUAGACAGUUAAUACUUGGUACUAGUACUUGGUUCAUUUAUACCGAUUCGACACGUUGGACCUGUGUAGUGUCUUUAUACACUAGUAAUAUUGUUUUCGUAAAUAAGUUGACCCUUCAUAGUUCCACGCAUCUGGCUAGUCUACAUAUCUAUAUGUCGACAUUUUUAAACUUUUAUUUGCCGAUCAUUCUGCUGUUAUAUCCUAUUAAACAAUCUAUCGAUAACGAUUAUCAGCUUUUAAGCCUCGCGUCAAAUUAAACGCUCUUAUCAACUAUAACUCCUUUCUCUUACGAACAAAUAAUUUGACAAAACAUAUAAAGUAUAACGAAACAAAUGAUUCGGCAACCUACGUAUAUUCGUCGGAAUUUGUUCCCAAAUUUUUAAGCUCAGAAUAUGCCUGCAAAUCGAAUAACGAAAGAGUAAACGUAUAUUGUAUUAUUAACGACGUUUGACACGCCAACAUGUAACAUCCUCAAGCACACCGAAUCGUACUUCAGGACCGUAUAUAUGUGCGCAUAUUUCUCUAGUUUACCUGCUCGUGUGUCGCGUUCGAGCAGCAAAACGGACGCACGACGUUUUUCUGUUCGUGCGCGAUGCAUAACGUUUUUUAUUAAAGACUUCUCUUCCGUCGAACGAUGAAGAGAAGGAUGAAACAGAUAAGAAAAGAAAAAGAAAAGAGAAAGAACAUGUUAUUCGAGCUGUUGAAUUUUUCACUAUUCCGUGGAAGCUUUUUGUUUGAGCGUUCGAUUCGAAUAUCGAUUCUUACUGUAAGCGACAAUAUAAUUUAUUUAGUAGUUUCUACCAAAGAUGAAGAAGUUUUUAUUGUAAAAAGCAUCGAGAUUUGCGUGUAAGAUAUUUUCUGUUUUCGUCACUAAGCGUUGCUCGAGCUAACGCUGGUCGAUCGCCGAUCAGAUAAAAAAAGUGCCGGCUGCACGAUGUAUAAAAAGAGUCCUCUUCCUUGAGAAGAUCGUGAUUCGAAAAGAGAACAGUCGUGCACCAAUAUCUCUUAGUCGCGCGAACAUUUUGUUAUAUUCUAUAUUUUUCUUUGUCUGUGUUUAUUUUCUUUUAAGAUCGAUUAUACACAGCAAUGCGUCAUGCAUAACAAAUUAGGUACACUAUCGAUGACAGUCUCGUUUGUUCGCGAUCAUUAGCAAUCAUGUAUUAUUGUUUUACAUCACACAACAAGUAUAUUAUCAUCGUAGCCAUUGUAUAGCGAAAUGCACGCGUGCUAGAUCGAAAGAUUUCGAGAGAGAAAGAGGCAGAGUAUGCGUGAAAAAAUCUAAAAAACGAAGAAAAUUUGAAUCUGUGUAUGCCUGUGUGUAUGAAGUAUAUGAGGAAAAGAUUACGAUUCAGUCUAAUCUCAUUUAAAAAAAAAGUAUUAUCUCGACAACUUGUAUCAUAGCUCAUUAUUCGUCCGUGAGAUCAUUUUAUUUUCUCGCUUUUUGCCAAUUAUUUUUGUAUAGAGAUAUCUAUCUUUCCCCGUUUCUUUCGUUCCCACCAUCCAAUUUCAUCCACUUCUCGUACCUUACUGCCCUCCAUUUUUGUUUUGUACUUUCUUUAACCACGACCCUUUUUACGGAGAGGUGAUUUUGCCGACGAUAUUUUCAAUCAUCGAGUGUUGACACCAUGAAAUUAAUAUAUUCAACGGUACACCCUUCCUCUUGUUAGACAAUGUAAUCGACAAACGAUAAAGUAAUCUAUUUAAAAGUGAUUUGAGUAGCGUGUACAUUGCUAAGUUUUUUGGUAUAUUCGUUUCUGUAAUACAUCAUCUGUAUUUAAGCGUAUAGCAUCUAUUAGUAACAGUACAUGAGCAAAUAAAUAUGAUUAGGCAUA